AUGUCGGGCGAUGUCUGGAGUCCAUGGAUUGACUCAAAUGAUAGUAAAAUAGACAUAUUUUGGGUCACAUUUAGAGUCCAUUCGCACAUAAGUCGCGGUGAGCUCUCGUUCACAACCCAGCUUACUUUGUCAAACGGGAUGCCGGGUUACGAUAGGACCCGAUUCGUGAACGUGUCGGAGGCUGACCUCAACGCCUAUACGUGCAAUAUAUGCGAACUAAUACUAAAUGACCCGGUUAUUAGUGUCUGUUGUCAAAUAACAUACUGCCGGGACUGCAUCACCCAAUGGCUAUCAACCCAUGAUAAUUGUCCAGGUCUCUUACACGCACUCACUGUCGAUCAAUUGGUGACACCGCCGAUGAUUGUCAUCAACCUGUGGAGGAAUAUGCAGAUUAAGUGCCCUUUUUAUGAUGACGGAUGCGAUCAAGUCAUACGAUUAGGCGAUUUCUACGCUCAUUUGGACACUUGUCUGUUAAACCCGGUGUGCGAUGUCUGUGGCGAUAGGGUAGGCGUCGAUCACAAUUGUACCGAUAAUUUAAAGCGCAGGGUGCAAUUUCUUGGCCAACGACUAAUAAACUUGGAAAAUGAGUUCAACCUAAUCAAGCAAAAUACGAUACCAAAGCUAACGAAUACGGAAGGCAUAGUUGCUUUAUCGGAAUAA